CUGAAACCCUGCAAAAAAUCAAUAACCGGCCAUAUUAUGACCUCAUACCAAGGGAACUGCCACUGCGGCAAAGUGCGCUUCGAAGUCCGUCUCCCAAGCCCACUUGGGACGACCUUCGCCUGCCAAUGUGGCGUCUGCGCGAAGAUCGGCAGCCGAUGGAUAUUCCCCGCGGACGAUCAGGUGAAGAUCACUAGGGGGGAGGAUGAGCUGGUCGGGUAUGGGAGUCGGGGGGGUGAGCAUUGUUUUUGUCCCGUGUGCGGAACGGCGGUUCUGGUGAAGAAUCACCAGACACCCUCAGGAGAGACGGGGGUGGGGGUUAAUGCGAGAGCAUUACUCGAUGUGAACCCUUUCGAACUCACUGUGGCCGAUCUCCCCGUCCCCGGUAAAGAAAUCCCAAUGCCAUCGCCAUCCCCAAUUGAACCCCCCUCCAACCCGCAAGCCAAAACCUACUCCGGCAGCUGCCACUGCGGCGCCAUCACCCUAACCGUGACAACGCCCCCCUUCCCACACACCCCAGUCAAGGAAGACAACUGCAGCAUCUGCCAACGGAACGCCAACACAUGCAUCUACCCCACCACCCCCCAAGUACUCAUCACUGGCACCGAAAACGCAACCGAAUACCUCUUCGGGAGGAAAUUCACCGGCCAUCGGUUCUGCGCCCGGUGCGGGGUGCAGGUGUACAUGCAUUUGCAUGGGCCGCCGAAGGCAUUGGUGGUGAAGUUGCCGGCCGAGAAGCAGGAGAUGAUUCGCAGGAAUUUGGAGAUUGUGCCCGUGAGAGUGAAUGUGCUUGAUGGGGUGGAGUGGGGUGAGGUGAAGGUGGAGAGGUCGGAUGAGGGGACGGGGGUGUGGAUGGUAAUUGAAUACCCGAAUACCCAUCUGAACAGACAAAAUGAUCAAAACCAGAAAACCCCUGAGUCUAGAGUCUAG